GAAGUUAUGGUUUCCCGUGUACAGCAACCAGCGUGAGACAAAAGCAGCGAGUGCUUUCACGCGCGCGGAUCGCUGCUGCAGCGUGCAGGAGUGGCCGAUUCGCUUGCUUUAAUCUCCAGCGAGGAUCCGAACACAUUACGUGGAGAGAGGAGAGAGGAGAGAGGGUUCGGUGUGGGCGCACCGUGGCACUGUUAUUUCCGGAAGAAAAGAGAGGGACGUCAAAAACACAUCUCAGGUCAGCAGCUGGUGGUUCUCGUUCGCAUUUAACCGGGCAGGACAGUUUCACCGACGCGUUGUUUUGGCGUGUGCGCGCCGAGACACGCGGGGACGGUCACGUCCGACCGGGACAUCCCCCACCCUCCCUUUGGGUCUGUGACUACGCAAGAGGUUCGACGCUCAUUUGGGUUUCCAGCUCUUGUAAGACAGAGAACACUGUGAACGCCAGCUGGUCCAGUUCCCGUUGAUGCUGGUGGAGGCUCAAUAUUCCGCUUCCCGCCAACUCCGCCUGCGCCAAGUCCACCUCCCUCCCCCUGCCAUGGAGAUGAGCAGCGAGCCUGCCAUCGAAAGGUUGGGGUCCAGUUCUGAGAAACAGAGCAGCAGUCUCACAGACAUCCUGGCCGCCAUGUCCACAGAAGAUCUGGGUGGUUCUGUGAGAAAUGGACGUGCUCAGCUGGACAGGGAUCAGCCCAGAAGGACUCAACCGUCACGUCCUCAGUUGACUGGAAGGAAGUUCUCUCUGCAGGAGAGAGGCACUUACCUCUCCUGCGGAGGGGGCUACACACACAUCUCUCCUCGGGUGGCUCGAAGGCCCACGGUGGAGUCGAAACGUGUGUCCAUAUCAGACUCACAGGAUUGUAUCCAGUUGAACCAGUAUAAGUUGAAGAGUGAAAUUGGAAAGGGUUCCUAUGGUGUGGUCAAACUUGCAUACAAUGAGGAUGAUGACAAACAUUAUGCCAUGAAAGUGGUGUCCAAGAAGAAGUUAAUGAAGCAGUGUGGUUUUCCACGUCGUCCACCUCCAAGAGGACCAAAGGCAGUCCAAGGAGAGCAGCCCAAAUUCUUGGGACCAUUGGAAAGAGUCUACCAAGAGAUCGCCAUCCUCAAAAAGCUCGAUCAUGUCAACAUUGUGAAACUAGUGGAGGUGCUGGAUGAUCCUUCCGAGGAUAACCUUCACAUGGUAUUCGAGCUGAUGCGCAAAGGGCCCGUGUUGGAAGUACCCACCGACAAUCCGUUGUCAGAGGAACAAGCAAGGUUAUACUUCCGAGAUGUCAUCCUUGGAAUUGAGUACUUGCACUACCAGAAAAUUGUACACCGGGACAUCAAGCCUUCUAAUUUGUUACUGGGUGAUGACGGCCAUGUUAAGAUUGCAGAUUUUGGAGUGAGCAACCAGUUUGAGGGCAAAGAUGCUUUGCUGUCCAGCACAGCUGGUACUCCUGCUUUCAUGGCGCCAGAGACCUUGUCAGACAAGCGGAAGAGCUUCAGUGGAAAAGCACUGGAUGUUUGGGCUAUGGGAGUCACUCUCUUCUGUUUCAUCUUUGGAAAGUGCCCAUUUAUUGACGAGUACAUAUUGGCUUUGCACAAUAAGAUAAGGACCAAAGCUGUGGAUUUCCCCGAAAUACCAAAAAUCAAUGAAGAGUUACGGACUCUGAUCUUGCGAAUGUUGGACAAGAACCCAGACACCCGAACCACCAUCCCUGAGAUCAAGGUGGACCAAUGGGUCACUCGGGGUGGCACCGACCCCCUGCCUCUGGAAGAGGAGCACUGCUCUGUGGUGGAGGUGACGGAAGAGGACAUCAAGAACUCAGUCAAGUUUGUUCCCAGCCUCUCUGCUGUGAUCUUGGUCAAAGCCAUGUUGAGGAAACGCUCCUUCAGUAAUCCGUUUGAGUGUCCGAGUCGAAGGGAAGAGAGGUCGAUGUCGGCACCCAGCAGCCUGCUCAUGGACUCUUGGCCUUUCCGGCCAACUUUAAAACUGCACCCAUCACUCAGAAAGAGCAGCACAGGUGAUGGACCCAGGGACGGAGAGCUGGAGGAUCUGCAUGAAGAUGAGCCCUCGUCUUGAGUCUUGGACAUUUUUUCUUCAACCUCUCUUUCCCUUUCCUUUGCUUCAACCGUUAUUUGCUUGCCACUUAAUGCGCUACGCAGCAAACAGGCAUGGAAGUCCAGUGUUUGUAUUUUUUUUCAUACUCGGACGUGCUUGUGUUUGAACUUCCUGUUGACCUCGGAGUGACAUUAUUCCUCUCCGCCCCCCCCUUUUUUUUACUCCGCUUUUAAUCAUUUUCUCUUUUCACGUUGGCCUGUUGUGGAAGAGGAAGGAAAAGUCAAAGACUGGACCUUGGCUUCCUAGUUGGACACUCUACGUGGCGUGUAUAUUCCCUUUGAAUGACUUACUGCAGAAUUUUUCAUUUUUUACCAAUUAUGGCUUAUUUAAUUUUUGUAAAUAAAUGUCUCAAGGUCUUAUCGGGGUCAUUCCCACAAUUCUUAUAUCAUAUUGUUUACUCAUUCCUAUGUUGCCUUCUCUGCCCUUGAAGCCUGUGAAAUUUCUUCCCAAAAUAACGACAACCACACUUUUGACAGUGAUCACAAAGAAAGCGGCCCUUCACUUGAACAGUUUUUGCUCUUGGACAGACCGACGGGGACAUUUUAUGACAAGAGUCUUAUAAAUAUUCCUGGAACCAUCUCCAGAUUUCAUAACAGGGCAACGACAAGAGUUUAGCACGAUUUGGCCGUCAUACACCCCCAUCACUGAUUUGAAAUGAAACAAUCAAAUUGUGUUUGAAGUGGAGUCCUGUAGAAAAAUAUUCCAUUUGCCAUUUUGGAAUUAUAGCCUCUCUCUGCUGAGCCCCUCAAUUUGCAUUUUAAUGCUUGAAUGAAAAUCAUUUGCAGUCGCUGAGUUGAGUGCUUGAGGUCAAGAGCCCAUAGAUCACCAAAUGACGAUUGUCCUCCCUUGAGAUAUUUUACCAGGUCUUCACUUGAUGCUUGUUUGUGGGUCUUUCUGUCUUUAGUAAGUGACUUGAAUUUGUUUUCCAAAUGUCUGGAGUUCAGUCAUUUUUUGGGGGUCAUUAUCAGUCAUCUCGCGACGGUUUUGUCAAUUUUGUAGCAUUUGUCUCCAUGUUAGAACAGAAUCAAGCGCUUGCACUUUGCACGCCCUCGAUCGGUUUCAUCCUCAGGGUCGUCCGGUGAAAGAUGACGAGGGGGAAUAUUGCUCCAACUAACAUUGGAGAGCGUUUUGCAUCCCGUUUUAUCAAGUCUGCGUACUUUGAAAGAGUUCAUGGAAUCACGAACGCUGCUGACAGCCUAACCGCUAUUGCAUCAAGGGAGAAUGUUCGCUUUAUUUCCAAAGUGUUGACAAAAGAGAUGUUUCAUAUUUAUGUCUUCAUGUGCAAUUAUCAAAAAUGUGUCGGCAUCAAACAGCAAAAGUGCUCUAUUGUUUUGUACAUUUAAAAAAAAAAAUUCUUACUGUACCUUGAAGUACUGAUGUGGGGAAGUUUCAAUGAAGGGCUUUUUUUGUGUGUGUAUGCAAAACAUUCAAUGUGAAUAUUUUUUUUCUUUUUUAAUAUGUACAUGUCUGUGCCGCUCACUUUUUUUUGUCCAAAACCCUCAGGCUCUUGUCUACUGUGAUUUGGUCAUCAACCUUCAAAGGUAACCCACUGCUUGCACUUUACAUUUACUGUAACUAUGUCACUCUUACAUGAAAGACAUGCAACAUCUGCAAGACUAAUAUUCAUGAUGUGCAUCCCCUUUAAAAAAAACAAAAAAAAACAAUAGAUGCUUUACUCCUGGGUGCUUAUUUACUUUUCACAGUUUUGUGCUAAUAUUUCAAGGUAUUCAAUGGUAAAAGCAGCAAAUAAAAUAACUUACAGAAGCGCUUUCUUUCACUUACCCGAUGUGCUAAGUUAUAAACUUUGAAAUCUUCGCUGAGGCAUGUGUCAGUUAACCUCUUGAGUCGGUAUAUAAGAGAAGAGGCCCCCCCAAAAAAGGUCAACGUGUAAUGACAUACCCUUGCGGUAUUCUGCAGCUCCAAAAUAUCGAAGUAAAUAACCUGCAUGUUUGCUUUUCUGUGCAUCCUCAAUGAAAAGUUGUAACACUUGCAGGAAUGCUACUGUUAUGCAUGUUGUUUGCGAUUUAUGCCCAGCAGCAUUUUAUGAUGCAUACAGUUAAUAUAUUCUUACAUGGGAAAUGUGAAAUGUGCCCCGGUGUCGUUAAAACGGGGCUUUUAGAAAAGAUGAAAAUGGAUGCUGCAAUUAUUGCACUGGAAUUGAUUUAGGGUGAAGCAAAAUGGAGGAAUGUGAGCUUGCUGCUGUGUAUUUGACUGUCCUGUUCCAUGUUGAAAGUCUGUGUUGCGUUGUUUGGUACAUUUCUUGCAUGUACUUUGCUGAACUCAUUUGUUCGACCACGUCAUAAGAAAAAAACUAAACGGUAUUAUGAAGUGUUUUAAUGUGGAUGUUUUUACCGGUUUGAAGAAAAAUAAAGAUAUUUUAAAGUGUAUUCAUGAGCGGGACAGUGUACGAGUGGCUAGCAUGUCUGCCUCACAGUCGAGAGGUCCCGGGUUGCUCAAUUCAAACCUUUUAGUGUGGAGUUGGGUACUGCAGCUUCCAUUCACAAUUGGG